GAAUGCAGGGGCCUGGGCUGGAACUUGCCAUCUGCGGAUGACGGAGGAGUGGGAUGCCUCCUCUAUCGCCCCGCCGGCGUUUUCGGUUUUGAUGGCGCCACGGACUUCUCCCCCAGCCCCCGCUGCUAUCCCUGCAACGGGCGCUCGAUCUCCUUCUCGGGGGGCCGAGCGUGCGAGGUCCCCUCACUCCUCUCCUCCCCCCUGCCCCCUUUCUCCUCUUCCCCCCUUCACGGACAGCAUAAAAGGCGAUGCGCCCCAACCCCCUUCUUUUGGGCGCGCCGAGGGGCCGUUGCUUUUACCGGCACGUCCUCUUGGGUCAUCGCAAAGGCGCCGUCCUAGAUCAGACCCCAUCGAGCUCCCGCCUGAGUCUUCUCUCCAUUCUCCCUCCUUUCGCGGCUCUCGCAGCGGACGGAAGGGGGGGAACUCGUUCGGCAUACUACGCCCUCUUAGGCGUCGAACGAGGGAGUUAGUAAUGACCGCGGGUCAUCGCGCUCUUGCGCGAUGUAAAACGAACGUUUGAGACUCUACCACCCUGUCCAGCCAGACUCCGAUGCCUAAAUGUCAAGGGCACGCGUCGAAAGGAACUCGGGGGGACAGCCAGGCAUGCCUGUGCCUUUGAUAAGUUUCUUGCCCCCAUCUCCCUCCCCCCCCCCUCCUCUUCUUCCAAGCCUUUUCACGUGCUCAAGGCCUCUUCGGCGUGCUUCACGGCCUGGCCACCACGUUGCUUGCUCGCACACCUCUCGUUCGCAGCAUGG